AUGCGAAAUGAAAUUCGGAAGUUGGUCAUUCGAUGCUUCGAGGCUCUAAAUGUCAGGCGUGUCAUCACGUUGCGUUAUUAUUCCAAAGGUUAUGCCAAACUGCAAUUGGAUGCACGAGGUAAUUACACAUCCUUUCAUCAUCAUCACUAUUACCUCUUUCAGGUAUCUAUGGGAUUUUAUUCCUCUCUGGAAUUCGUGGACCUAUCCAACUACUGGGAAAGUGGGACUUGGGAUUUGGUCGAUGUUCCAGCUCGAAUUGUGAAUACCUCAAAUGGAGAAAUCAACAAUACCUACAUCGUGUACACAAUUAAGCUUCGAAGGAAGACACUCUUCUAUACGGUGAACUUGAUUGUGCCGUGUGUUAUGCUGUCUCUGCUGAGCAUCUUCGUGUUCUAUCUGCCUUCGGAUGCAGGUGAGAAGGUCACCCUUGCAAUAAGCAUUGUUGUAGCUUUGGUGGUAUUCCUGAUUUUGGUCAGCAAGAUUUUACCUCCUACCUCCACUACAGUUCCCUUGAUAUCUCGUUACCUAAUGUUCACAUUUGUAUCCGACAUCUUUGCUGUGUUCAUGUCCGUUCUGGUUGUCAAUUGGAAUUAUCGAUCUCCGAGAACUCAUACGAUGUCAAAGUGGACAAAAUUAAUCUUUUUGGACUUCCUACCACGUCUUCUCUUUAUGCACCGUCUUGAACAUUUAAAUAACAAGGAAAAUUAUUUCAAUUCUACUUCCUCUUAUAUGGUCAUUAAUAAAUACCCUUCCGAAAACGAAGAUGCGUUCAUACAAGAGUUUCCAGAAGGGACGUCUCUUGAUCUGGUCUCCUCAAUAUCCAUCGAUUCAGAAGGAAGUAGUUUGAAAUCGGCUUCAACCAUUGACAGGGAGCAUUUUUAUGAAAAUUUAACGGCACAUCGCUCAUCCUCCCUUCUUGGUCAGCGUUCUGUUUCCGAAACAAACGAUGACUCAUCAACAUCUUUAAGCGGCAGAGAGGAGGUCGUUUUUUACGGAGGCCUGAAACUAAGACGAUGGAAGCAUUCACCGCGUCGCAUUGGAAUGAGUUCAGCUGGACAAGAAGGGAACGCCGGUUCCGUAGGACAGAAGGGUGACAUUGAGGGGGGAUUUACACUGACGGAAACUGUGAGAGCGAUUGACUACAUUUUUGAAUGCCUGGAAAAAAAGGAAAAAGCCAGGGUGGUUGUUCAGGAAUGGAAGUAUGCAGCUUCAGUGAUGGAUCGACUAGUUCUGGUGAUUUUCACGGUGGUUUCCGUCGUGGUCACACUCAGUCUGCUUACCAAUGCCCCCUCUCUCCUUUCCCCAAUCGAUCAAGACGCCGUUAUUAACAAGUAUUCCGUGUUUAAGAAAACCUGA